CGGCAGAGCCCAAGUGCUGGCGUCCCAGGGUCGAUGGCUGCGAAGAGCUUCGCGUCCCGCUUCCGGGCUUCCUGGCAGUUUCUGAACGGCUUCUUGGCCGGGGCUGUGGUGGGCGCCGCGGGAGCGGGGCUGACGGCGCUGCAGUUCCUCCCGCGUCGGGACGCGACGGAGCCGGAGCCGGAGCCGAAGCCGGAGCAGCACGAAUCCACAGAAAAAGUUAUCUUGGAAAAAUUUGGAUUUCCUUUAACUGGAGCGGAGACCAGGCAUUACACUAAUCAUGCUUUGUCUUACGAUCAGGAGAAGCGGGUGCCCAGAUGGGUCCUUGAGCACAUAUCCAAGGACAAGAUCAUAGGUGACGCGGACAGAAAACAUUGUAAAUUCAAGCCUGACCCCAGUGUCCCUUCAGCCUUCAGUGCCCUCAAUGAGGACUACAUUGGAAGUGGCUGGUCACGAGGACACAUGGCCCCAGCAGGAAACAACAAGUUUUCCAGUAAAGCCAUGGCGGAAACCUUUUACCUUUCUAAUAUUGUGCCUCAGAAUUUUGAUAAUAAUUCUGGCUAUUGGAAUAGAAUAGAAAUGUAUUGUCGUGAGCUGACGGAGAGAUUUGAAGAUGUUUGGAUAGUGUCGGGACCCUUAACCUUACCUCAUACUGGAAGUGAUGGAAAGAAGGCAGUUAGUUACCAGGUGAUCGGUGAGGACAAUGUGGCAGUCCCCUCUCAUCUUUACAAGGUGAUUGUGGCCCGCAGGAGCCCGGAAUCUACGGAGCCGCUGGCCCUGGGGGCCUUUGUGGUACCAAAUACUGCCAUUGGGUUCCAGUCCCAGUUAACUGAGUUCCAGGUGAGCCUCCAGGAUCUAGAAAAGAUGUCAGGUCUGGUGUUUUUCCCCCAUUUGGACAGAACCAGCAACAUCCGGAAUAUUUGCUCUGUGGACACCUGUAAGCUCCUGGAUUUCCAGGAGUUCACUCUCUACCUGAGCACGAGGAAGAUUGACGGGGCCAGGUCCGUGGCCAAACUGGAGAAGGUUCUAGAAACUCUGAAGAGCUCAGGUGUGGAACCUGACGAUUACUUCCUGAGUCGCUAUGGGAAGAAGCUACAGGAACUGAAAGCCAAGGAGCAGGCGGGCGCCCAGCUGGAAAAGCCGUCCUAGUGCCUGGGUGUGUGUUGAGCACCUGUAACGAGCAGGCUCACCCUCUUCAGGCAGCUGCAUUUUAGUGGAUUUGUUUUCGAGAAACGAUGGAAUCCUGACUAAAAAUCUCUCCAGAGACUCGCUAGCUCAAAACCCAGUGUUGUUUUUUUCUGUCGCUAGGAUGUGAGCUGGUGGAGAUGGCUUUUAGAAUUCCUCUCUUAUCCUGUCCAAAUACAGCGGGUGGUUUACUCCCUGCUUCUCUUCUCAUGACUCUGCUCGCCUCCCAUCUGUCUGUGCUGAAGCUCUUCCUCGGGUGCUCUGUGUGCAGUGCUUGGCUUGUACUGUCAGACAGUGAGCCUCUGUGCAAAGUCCCAGCGUUCCCAUUUACAUGUGGGGACGUUGAAGCCUCUGUAUGUCCCCAUUGGUGCUUUGCAGAAGUCACCAGGGCACCACAGAGCCAAGACAAGGUUGGAUGGAGUUUGACUCCAGUAUAUACCCAUGUCCGUGUGGAUUCCUGGCCCUGGGCUCUGCUUGCUGAGAAGGCUCUGUCUCUUUGCUGUCUCCUCAGGCAGAGACACUUUAAUACCUGAGUCAGGAAGAACAGAGCAAAGAUGGAGGUACUCUGUGGGUUUAACCAGAGCCUGAGAUUCCCUCCGGGGAUCACAUGGGGCCAGAUAAGUGUGUUUCUUCCUUCCCUUGGGGCAUGCUAAAGGAGCCCAAGAAAGGUGUGUGCUGAGUCAGUCCCCAGGUACCUACACUACAGGUGGGUAGAGCCUCGGCCACUCCUGUGGGAAAGAACAGCUGUCUUCUGUCUUCCUGUGCUGAUCUCUGGCCAAAGUUUACAGAGUCUUGAGCUAUCCCUAGUGUAGACAGUGCAGUGGCUUCCAGGCAGGACUUGUCUGAAUCUGUCACUCUGCUAUCGUCUUCCAAGCAGCGGAAUGAGGGCGAUCUUUGAGGUGCUGUGUUUGCCUCUGAUAGAAAUGCCAUGGCUUUACAAGAAACAUAAGGCAGUGGUUGACCCUGUUCUGCUCCUUCAUUUGAGUAAAAAGAAAAAGUUGGGUUGGGGCACAAUAGCUGAUCUUACUGUUCCCCAUUGGCGUGUGCCAGCCCUCCUAAGGAUAGAAAGCCAAAAUGUCACCAUGACCAAAAAAAAUCUGUUACUUUCUCUCCUCAAAAGAGAGGUGAUGUGGGACCUGGGUGUUCCUCCAGGAGCCCAGGAGGCUUGGGGCACACCUGACGGGCUGUGACCUAGGUCCCUCCAUGAAUUCAUGCCUUCGAGCCCCUUGCCAUCCUGUCAUGCUGGCCUGACUUGCUGGUGGUCUUGGGGUGGCUGUCUUCACUCCCGUCUCUCCUAGAUGGUGAGGAAUCUUGACUGUUUCAGUAAGUCAAUGUAUCUUGGGAUUUUAUUUCCUAUGAAAUAAAAUCCUGGUCAUCACGAGAAAUAGAGGUAAGAACAUAA